GGGUACGCUGAAAGCACCCAACAGGAAAAGCCCACAGUUCAACUUCACGUUUGGCACCCACACACGGCAGCAACAAGGAGCGCUUGUACUUGUUUUUUUCCUUUGUUGUCGUUCUCCUGGUUCGUCGUGCUCACAACCGUGUUCCUCUGCGCCGUCUUCCCGCUUGCAACCACGUGUCUUCUUACAUUCUUCUUCAAUCAGAAAAGAAAACGAGAACUGUCGCACCACACAACAGCGUCUACGCUGCAAAGGUAAAACCGCACCCGCCAAUUAAAUAGCAGAAGCUGACGCAGGAAGACGUCGGUGCUUUCGGUGUUUCACGCUCUCUUCCGCAUCCGUGGAGUAACGCCGCCCUGCUGAGGAGCCUCUUCAUUUUUUUGGGACAGCAACACACACACACACUGUUUUUGUACCUGCGUACUCACCGUAUCAAUACCACGGAGUCAUGUUGCAGUUCACGGUGGAUCAGAUUCGCAGCGUGCGGAACAACUACCGCGAGCCGCCGUACCCGGGCUUCUGCCUCGAGGAGAUCGUGCGUCGUCGCCGCACCGGCCAGACGAAGCUCGUGCGGGGGGAAAAUGCGUGGGUGGCGAAGGGCGCGGCGGACUCGGAGAAGGAGUGGGUGCAGCGGCUCGUGCAGAGUACACUCAACAAGCUCACGACGAAGAACAACGACGUCAUGCUGGAGAAGCUGUGUGUGCGGGAGAUCUUCCACAAGAGCGAGAUCACUGACAUGGUAGUGGACAUGAUCUUUAAGAAGGCACUGGACGAGCCGGAGAAUGCGAAGCUGUACGCCGGCGUGUGCUUCAGCCUGGCGAUGUACGAGGCGAGUGUGGUGAACGAGAUAGAGAAGGGCAAGCAGCUGCAGUCGGACCUGCGUGAUGCCGUUAUUCGCUCCACGCAAGAGCAGUUCAACAUGGCACGGAGGGAGCAGCCCAACACGGAGGGAAUGUGCGAGGAGGAGGCGGAGAUGCUGUGCCUCAACAAGAUGCGUCGGCAGCGCUCCAACAUGACCUUUGUGGGGGAGCUGUAUCUCUGCACCGUCCUGUCGAACCGCACCAUGUUUGAGAUCCUCACCACCACAAUUCAUCCUCAGGGCGAUAACAAGUACCCGACGAACGGCAGCAUCGAGCUGUUCGUUGCUCUGCUCACCACCGUCGGCGAGCGCAUGGACGCGGCGCACAAGAAGGAACUCGACGGCUACUUCAAGACCCUUACCGGCUUCCUCAAAAAAGCAGACUGCCCAUACCCGCACCGCAUUCGGUUCAAGAUCAUGGACCUGCUGGACCUCCGCAAGAACGGCUGGGGAGCCAAGGCGAAGGUAGCCAAGCCGCCGGCCGCCGCGGCAACCCAUGGAAAGGAGAAGAAGGGCGCCACGACUGCCUCCUCGCCUCCUGCCGCAGCGAAGCGGGGCGGUGGACGCGACGGCACGGCGGCGUUCUCCACCGGCGACCCGAAGAGCUGGCGGGACACGGGCAGCAACGCGAAGUCUUCCGGCAGCCCUCGCGCUGUCUCACCUGCGGGGUCGGGGCUCGGCCUCCAAAACCGCGGCACCGGCGCUUCGUCCUCUGGUGCCGCUGCUUAUGCUGCGGCUGCGACGAAUGCAGGCGCCGCUGACGAGGCCGCCUUCCGCGGAACGCCCGCGCCGGAGGUGCCGCUGGUGAAGUUCGAGCUGCGUGUCGCCGCGAUGUUCCAGGAGUGGGUGUCGGAACGGUCAAAUGACAUGAUUCUGCACUGGGUGGAGCAGUUCAACACGUGCGAUCGCGUCUUUGAGUCGGAGAGCGAGCUGUGCGUCGCCGUGGCGCUGGAGGUGAUCAAGUCGGCCUGCCUGACAACCCGCAAGGACGCGCAGCGGGAGGCGUUCAGCUUCCUCGUCGUGGGCCUCUUCAUGAUUGAUACGGAGGUCUUCGACGGCUUCGCCGGCGCCCUCGCGACUGCCAUUGAGGACGGUCUCUUGGAGGACACGCCGAAGUUCGGCGAGCGCUUCAUGAACAUGCUGCGCCUCACCUCGACGGAGCAGGAGACGCGCGCUGAUGUAUACUUUGAUGCGGCGAACGUGCUGCGGCUCACGUACAACCGCCUGGAGGAGGCGGACGACUUCGCGGUGGACACCCUCAUGACCUUCUGGGACCGCGUGCCGCACGUGAGCACGGAUGAGGAGAAUAUGAUUCGCAUGGAACUCGAUGUGUUGUACAACGUGUGCAACCCUGAGGGGGCCCAGCCGGGCCUGGAGAGGCUGCUGAGCCGCAUCAUUCGUUCGAUGCUGGAGCUGGAACUGAUGGAGCCGGGGGUGAUGGAUGAGUUCUUGAGCUUAGAGCUGGAGGACGGCUUGUGUGCGAAGGUGAUUGCGGAUUACAAACAGCGAUUUCAAAAGUAG